AUGAACCGUUCAGUACCUCACGGGAACCCCGCAGCACGGCGGGACAGGGGCAGGCAGCCGCAGAGUCCCGGCUCACACUCCGCUGACAGCCGGACUGCGGAUGGCGGCCGAGGGCUGUGCGGAAGAGGAGACAGUGUUGCAGGUUCGAAUCCCUCUCGGUGCCACCAAGCCCGCGAACAGCACCUGGAAGGUGUACUGAGUAAAUACACCAACCUUAUCCAGGGCUGGCAGAGCAGAUAUUUUGUCCUGGACUCAGAGAUGGGACAGCUGCAGUAUUAUCUAAAUGAACAUAGCAGGAACCAACGACCUUCACGGGGUUCAAUGCCUCUGCUCGGGGCAUCUGUGGUCUCCAACAAUGAGUUCCCUCACAUGUUUACAGUCCGCUCCGCCAAUGGAGACACCUACAAACUCAGAGCGCUGGAUGCUGAGGAGCAGCAGUUAUGGAUGACUCAGCUGCAGCUCUUUUCCAGACGCCCCUCCGACAGCAGUGCCAAGCUCUUUCUUUCUGUACGCCCCUCUCUAAACUUCCUGUACCCUUUGCAUUUGCGCGCAGACGGAGCAAUGGCAGGAAGUCUAACUGCCAUGAAAGCCACAGCAUCACCUGCUCCCCUCUCCCUGCCCCCCUUCCACCUCAUCUCUCCUUGCCUGCCUGUCUGGCUGUGGGAGUUGGUUCCUGUGCUGUCCUGUUUGCUGAAGCAGAAGAUGUCCUUGUGCGUGAAGGCCACGGCAGAGCACGGUGGAGCGGUGGGAGCUGCCGGGAGAAAGUGGUUCACGGAUCUGAUGCCAGACUGCCCUUCCUCCUUCUUCCACUCCUCCUCUUCCUCCUCCUUAUCCACCACCUCCUCUCACUCCUCCACCUGCUGUGGCUGCUGUCAUCUUUUUCAGGCCUCCGCCGCCUUCUCAGGCUGGACUCGCAGCUCUUUCCCGCAUCUGCACCCCCCAUCUGCUCUGCCCUCCUCCUCCACCCUGAGACCUUCUCCUCUUCGUCCUCCUCUUCCUUCCCACAUCCUUCUAAACCAUCACCAUCAUCACCAGCAUCACCAUGACCACCCUGGGGCUGCCUCUGGUCACAUUAUCCCCAUCACCCAUCACCAUUACCCCUGCACCGCCCGGUGGGCCAGGACAAACCAGCAGCAGAGCUCUGGGAGGCUGCGGGAGGUCAGAGAGAUAAUAAGCCAGGCUGAAGGCCAGCAGAAAAACCUGGUGAACUCUAUCGAAUCCCUGCCUCCGCGAGGUGGACCUAUCUCCUCUCUGGAUGAGGACCUGUUGCUUUUAAAGGCCACCUCCGCUGCCACUCUGAGCUGUCUUGGCGAGUGCCUCAAUAUGCUCCAGCACAACGUCAGCCAGGCCCUCGCCAUGCAGCACCAUGGCACACACAGCCAGACCCACAUCGCCAGCCCCAGCCACAACAGCGCCUCUUUGAGCCAAGCGGUGCCGACCGAGAGCGUCAAAUCCUCAGGUCAGCUCCGCAGUUCGAGUGUGAACCAAAGGGAGCCGGGCAGCAUUGGGUCCUGUAGCCAAAGACCAACUGGCUUCAGCCAGAGUCAGAGUCCCAAACACAGUCACAGCGGAAGGAGAGGAAGUGGCCAACAUCACCACGUACAGGGUCAGGGUCAAGCACACGGUGAUAGUCCCACCAGGCGGUCCAGGUCUCCCUCUGACAAGGUGAAAAACGGUGGAGUCUCUCCUUUCUCUUCCUCUCUCCCUCCCACCCAAAGACACAAGGACUUGGACCUGAGCGCAGAGUUAGGGUUCCCCCCCUGUGUGCGUCACUCUCCAUCUUUCUCUCUGUGGAUGGUGGACAUGAAAUCCAGCAGGACUGCAAACAAGCCGCCACUGGUUGUAUGCCAGCCAAGCAACAGGGGCCAGCAACAGCAGCAGGGUCAGGCCACUAGCCCAGAUACCCUGGAUCCCAGCGAGGAAACCACAGACAUGGAGGACAAUGAAGAGGAGGACCUGGGAGUCCUGGAUGACCAGCGCAGCAUCAUCCUCCACCUCCUGUCCCAGCUCAAACUGGGCAUGGACCUGACACGGGUGGUGCUCCCAACCUUCAUCUUGGAGAAGCGCUCCCUGCUGGAGAUGUAUGCCAACUUCAUGGCUCACCCCGACAUGUUCCUCUCAAUCACCGCUGGCUCCACGCCCGAGGAGCGCAUCAUCCGCUUCGUCGAGUACUACCUGACUGCCUUCCACGAAGGACGCAAGGGCGCUGUGGCCAAGAAGCCCUACAACCCCAUCCUGGGGGAAAACUUCCGAUGCUCUUGGGAAGUGCCUCACGACCGCGUCCGACCCCUCAGGACUAACAGCCCUGGGUCCUCUCAGAGGGGGGCAGACGGUGUAGGGGGAGGAGGUAAAUCAGACUGCUAUCAUGUUCGUUUUGUGGCAGAGCAGCUGUCCCACCACCCACCCGUGUCGGGCUUCUACUGCGAGUGCAAAGAGAGGAGGAUGUGCAUCAACACUCAUGUUUGGACCAAGAGCAAGUUCAUGGGCAUGUCCGUUGGAGUCUCCAUGGUUGGGGAAGGUGUUCUGUAUUUGUUGGAGCAUGAUGAGGAGUAUGUGUUCACGUUGCCCUGUGCCUAUGCCCGCUCCAUCCUCACUGUGCCCUGGGUGGAGCUGGGGGGAAAGGUCACCAUCAGCUGUGCAAAGAGCGGUUACUCCGCUACAGUGACCUUCCACACCAAACCCUUCUACGGAGGGAAGAUACACAGAGUAACAGCGGAGGUGAAGCACAACCAGACGGGCACCAUCGUGUGCAAGGCUCAGGGCGAAUGGAAUGGGACCCUGGAGUUCACCUACAGCAGCGGGGACACCAAAGUGAUUGACACAUCCAAACUGCCAAUCAUCAGGAAGAAGAUCCAGCCCCUGGAGAAGCAGGGUCCUUAUGAAUCACGGCGUCUUUGGCAGCACGUGACGGCAUCGCUGAAGGCAGGAAAUAUGGACUCAGCCACGGAACAUAAACACCGUCUGGAGGAACAGCAGCGUAGCGAGGGCAAACAGAGAGCUGCCACCAAGACACCGUGGAAACCCAAAUACUUUGUCAAGGAGGCUGAAGGUUGGGUGUACCACAACCCUCUAUGGAAAACUCAUUGACCAGGAGCUUUGCGUGCAGCUGUCCAUUCCCAUAGAGUCGCCAUUGGGAUCAGAGCAGGGUGCUAGCCGCCAUUGGAAAGAAAGAGGAAGAAGAUGUAAUAAAUCUGUCGUGGAGGUGAAAAAUGAAGGAAAAUCAGACUUACUCUGUGCCCAU